AUGUCGAGCCCUCAGGCGCCCCGUCCCCCGGCAGUCCCCUCACCAACGUUCCGCACUCGUCCGACCCGCACAACGUCCGCCACGAGCCAUGUCCGCCAGCUCACCCGUCGCCCAUCCCUGUCGGGCGUACCGCUGACGAACCCGGUCACCGGCGCAGCAAAGACACAACGGACAUCCAAGACCACCCAGAAGCUUGUUGUUCUUCCCUCCGCGCCACAAACCAAGCCUCCUCCACUGGACGCGGACGACGAUGAAGAAGCGCUGCACGGAUACGAGACAGACCAGGGGCUGCGGGAGCACAAGAGCGCGGGAGAGCGGAUGAACAAAGACCAGCGCGAGAAGGCAGGGUUCAGACGCAUCACGGCGUACUGUGUCGCAGAGAGCUUCAAAAUGAAACUCCUCGCCAGCUUCUUGAAGCGCGAGCACAACGUCAAGCCUCGCGUGUUCGAUGAAGCCAUGUAUGUGAUGUAUCAUCUCCCCCUUCUUCCCGGCUAUGGCCCUGGAUCCAAUAUUCGGUCGUCUGCGCCUCCCACUUCGCCUGGAAACGAGGAUCCUAGCUCUGGUCUCUCAGAAGCGGAAGACGAGGGCUACCAAGGUGGCUAUUUUGCCUCACUAGACCCCUCCACUUCCCCAGGUAUAGACGGGUUCAUUCCCUCUACUUCACCGGAGACCAUGACCCAUCGUCCGUCGGCACCAACGCCUGAAGGCCCGGGGGUGGUCUCAGAAGUCGGUCAGAUCGCCCGCUCACAGGAUGGUGCUCCCUUUCUCAGCCCAGAAGACAGUCAUCCGGUGAUCAUAGCGCCCCGAAGACAGAAUUUUGGACGGCCUCGGAAGACCCCCCGGCGUACCAUCACAACAGACGAGCAGAACUUCGCGGAGGCGAUUUUCUUCCAGUAUGGCGUGGUCGUUUUCUUCGGAAUGCGGGAAGAUCAAGAGUUGAGCAUCCUCGAGGAUGUGGAAGCUGGCCUGAACAUGGUGCGGAAGAUCCCUUUCGACGACUGGGAAGUCGAAGCGUUCCACUAUGCGCAUGAACCGAACAUUGCGUUUCCCCGCAUAUACAACGACUUCUUUACAUUCAAGACCCAUUCCCACCUCCUUCAACUGUCAGUUGCACACGCGCUGGCCCAGUCGACUCUCCUUGCCCACUACGAGACCAUGGCCCACCGGAUCCUUUCCUCCCCCCGUACGCGCUCCAUCCCCGCUCAGCUCGCUGCAACAGGCGUUCUCGCAAUCCCCCGCAAGGAGGCGCUCAAGCUCACUGGCCGUCUCUUUACUCUUCGUCGCGACAUCAACCUCGUGAGCAACGUGCUUGACGUACCGGAGCUGUUCUGGGACGAAGCUAGCCUCAAGGCUCUAUACGACGCGGUGCGGGAGUAUAUGGAGAUUGAGCCGAGGGUUCAGGUUUUGAACGAGAAGAUCGCAGUCGCCGAGGAUCUGCUUAGUGCGAUUCAUGAUCACCUAAACAACAACGCGAUGGAUCGAAUCACUUGGAUCAUUAUCUGGUGCGUGCUCAUCGUGGUCGCGUGCAUGGUGGAAGUGGGCGAAGUCGUCGCGCGUCUUAUUGUGCACGCCACAAUGGGGUCUGAGGACUCUGUUGUUCCGACCGCCGCACAGGUGCUCAACAACAUGAGUCGUGAGGACGCCAUCAUGGCGCUCGAACGAAUUGCCCAAGGACUGUCUCCGUUGUAG